CUCCCCCCUCCCCUGGUCUUCCCCUCCCUCCUGCCCCGCACCCCACGUGAAGCGGAAUAUAAAGGGGGGUGUGAGGCUAGAGGGGAAAGUGAAUGGCGAAGGACUGAAGGGGUCCCCCCUUCGGGUCCCCGGCUGUCCUGUUCACCCUCGUUCAUCCUCCCUUCCCGAAGCUCGCCCUCGAAGGCAGAAGCGGCCGGCGCCUUCGGCUGAGAAGGAGGAGGAGGAGGAGGAGGAAUCGCGCCGGGCGGAGCGUCAGGUCCCGUUUUCCUCCUCGGCGUCUUGAAUACAAAGAUUACGGUGCAGAAGGAAAUUGCACUCGUCUCCUCCGCCCCCUGGUACCCAGCACAAUGCACCAGCCGCCCGAGUCCACCGCCGCCGCGGCCGCGGCCGCGGCCUCGGCCGCUGCAGACAUUAGUGCUAGGAAGAUGGCGCACCCGGCAGUGUUCCCUCGAAGGGGCAGUAGUGGUGGCAGCGCCUCUGCUCUCAAUGCAGCAGGUACCGGCGUUGGUAGUAGUGCCCCAUCUUCCGAGGAUUUUCCACCUCCGUCGCUGCUCCAGCCGCCACCUCCUGCAGCAUCUUCUCUGUCGGGACCACAGCCUCCGCCUCCACAAAGCCUGAAUCUCCUUUCGCAGGCUCAGCUGCAGGCACAGCCUCUUGCGCCAGGCGGAACUCAAAUGAAAAAGAAAAGUGGCUUCCAGAUAACGAGCGUGACCCCGGCUCAGAUCUCCGCCAGCAUCAGCUCUAACAACAGCAUCGCAGAGGACACCGAAAGCUACGAUGAUCUGGAUGAAUCUCACACAGAAGAUCUGUCGUCUUCCGAGAUCCUUGAUGUGUCACUUUCCAGGGCUACCGACUUAGGGGAGCCUGAACGCAGCUCCUCAGAAGAAACUCUCAAUAACUUCCAGGAAGCCGAGACACCUGGGGCAGUCUCUCCCAACCAGCCCCCCCUUCCUCAGCCUCAUCUGCCUCACCUUCCACAACAGAAUGUUGUCAUCAAUGGGAAUGCUCAUACCCACUCCCUCCAUCACCACCCUCCCAUUCAUCAUGGGCACCACCUCCAUCAUGGGCACCACCAUCCAUCCCAUGCCGGUGUGGCCAGUACACCCAUUCCGGGAGGGCCGCCCUCAAGCCCAGUAUCCAGAAAACUGUCUACAACUGGAAGCUCCGACAGUGUUAUGCCAGUUGCACCAACUUCUGCCGUAUCAUCGAGUGGCUCACCUGCAUCUGUAAUGACUAGUAUCCGUGCUCCGAGUACAAGCGGCAGUAUAGGUAUAAAUUCUGUUACAGGCACUAAUACGAUGAAUAAUGUUAACAUUACGGCUGUGGGUGGUUUUAAUCCUAAUGUGACCAGCAGCAUGCUUGCUAAUGCUAAUUUAAGUGCGAGCAGCGUUCCCAGUGCUGCAGGUGUGAGCGUUGGGCCUGGAGUGAGCAGCGGUGUUAACGUGACUGUCUUGAGCGGCCUGGGCAACGGUACGAUUUCGUUCUCCGCUCUCAUUAACAGCACUGCCAGUACAGCUGCAGGGAUGACUGUAGGAUCAGUUUCAAGUCAGCAGCAACAACCAACAGUUAACACGUCCAGGUUCAGAGUUGUGAAGUUAGAUUCGAGUUCUGAGCCCUUCAAAAAAGGUAGAUGGACUUGCACCGAGUUCUAUGAAAAAGAAAACGCAGUCCCCGCCGCCGAAGGGGUGGUGAUAAAUAAGGCAGUGGAAAGCGUAAAACAAAACCCGACAGAAGUGACUUGUGAGAGGGAGAGCACUAGCGGGAGCUCAGUGAGUAGUGUCAGCACACUGAGUCACUACACGGAGAGUGUGGGAAGCGGAGAGAUGGGAGCCCCAGCUGCCGUGGUGCAGCAGCCGCCCGCUCUUCCAGGUGUCGCCCUCCCGCAGAUGGACUUCAGCAGCGCUGCUCCGGCGGGCAUUUCAGCAGCUAGUAUACCACAGAGUGUUUCUCAGUCACAGAUCUCGCAAGUACAGUUGCAGCCUCAAGAACUGAGCUAUCAGCAGAAGCAGGGUCUUCAACCAGGACCUCUGCAAGCCGCUCUCAGUGCUGCAGCUGGUAUCCAGCCAUCACCUGUGAGCGUGGUGGGUGUAACUUCAGCUCUAGGUCAGCAGCCUUCCGUUUCCACCCUGGCUCAGCCCCAACUGCCGUAUUCUCAGGCGGCCCCUCCGGCGCAAGCUCCCCUGCCAGGGACAUCACCCCAGCAGUUACACUAUGGACAGCAGCCGCCGGCUCUUUCCACGCAGGUGGCCCCAAGCCACGGUCCGUCAGCGACUCCGAAUGCUACUUCCGAGUAUGUUCAGCAGCAGCCGAUUCUGCAAACGGCAGUGUCCUCUGGACAGCCCACUUCUGCGGGGGUGGGAGCAGGAGCCGCGGUGAUUCCUAUGGCUCAGCCACAGAGCAUCCAGCUGCCAGCGCAGCCCGCAGCAGUCCAGGCGCAGCCCGCAGGGGCAUCUGGCCAACCUGCUGGCCAGGCGCAGACGGCAGUAUCUGCUGUACCUCUUGGCAGUCAAAUUGCAAAUAUUGGUCAACAGACAAACGUACCUACAGCAGCGCAGCAGCCGUCUGCCCAAGUCACACCUUCAGUUAUCCCGCACGGUGCUCCCCCGUCUUCACAGAUAGUUCCACCCGCUCAAGCUGCGAUUCUUCAUCAGGGAGUUCAAGCUAGUGCUUCAGGCCUUCCUCAACAGUUGGUCAUUGCACCCCAGAGUACCUUGUUAACUGUGCCUCCCCAGCCGCAAGGAGUAGAGCCAGUAGCUCCAGGAGUUGUUUCGCAGCAGUUGCCUGCAGUUAGUCCUUUGCCCUCUGCUAGCAGUAUUUCUGUUACGAAUCAGGUUAGUUCAGCUGGUCCUUCUGGAAUGCCUUCUGUCCCAACAAACUUGGUUCCAUCACAGAAUAUAGCACAAGCCCCUGCCACUCAGAAUGGUAAUUUGGUUCAAGGUGUUAGUCAGCCUCCCUUGAUAGCAGCAUCUAAUAUAAAUUUGCCUUUGGCGCAACAGAUCCCGCUAAGUUCUACUCAGUUCUCUGCACAAUCAUUAGCUCAGGCAAUUGGAAGCCAAAUUGAAUAUGCCAGGCGCCCAGCGGAACCCUCCUUAGUUGGCUUACCUCAGACUAUCAGUGGUGACAGUGGGGGAAUGUCGGCAGUUUCAGAUGGGAGUAGCAGCAGCCUAGGAGCCUCUGCUUCUCUUUUCCCGUUGAAGGUGCUACCGCUGACGACACCCCUGGUGGAUGGCGAGGAUGAGAGUGCUUCUCUCCUACCAGAGGUGCAAGGAGUGAUCCUAGAACCACAGAUACAGCCAAGACCACGGAGAGCUUUUGACGUCAGGGGUCCACUUUCUCCACUGAACCCUUGGAGGCAGAAUAUCCAGCUUCUGGAGAGAGUUGGGAAAGGAUAAUAAACAAAUUUCUUUCAACUGGUAAACAUCAUACUUCAGCAAAAGGAACUCUUCUAGCAGAGCCUUCAUGGAUGAUAUCUGUCACACAUGCAGCAGCUGCAGUUUGGAAGGCAGUGGUGAACGGAGCCAUGCAUUAUAUCUAGAAGACACAAGGAUGAGAGAGCCACCUGAUCUUGUCAUUGAUAAACUUUAAGAUUUACUCUGGUGUACUCUUGGUCUGGAAACGGAAAGGCUCAAAUAAUGACGUAAUUUUUUCAGACUGGAAUUUUACAUGGCCAUGAAAAUAUUCCUUUUUAUUCAGAAGACUGAAAAUAGAGGAAGCAUGAGAGACACCUUUCUUUAAAAAGCAGCUCUCUGUAUCUGUUUCACUUAAAAGAUUUGUGGGAUUGAAAAAUCACCUUAAUGAAGCAGGCAAACUUUUUAUUUUUUAGUAGUCUGGGAGAUCCAAAAAACUUAAUGAAAUUGUCUUUUGUUGCCUGACACUGAAAGGAACUAGGAAAUAUAAAGGGUGAACUUCUUAAUUAUUCCCAAAUUACUUUUAAUAUUAGGAUGCACUUUUUAAACUUUUUCUAGUCUUGAGCCUUAUUCUUAUCUGUCAGAUCAACAAAGAUUCCAGUAUAGGAGUAGAGACGUCUUUGAGUUCAAUCUUCUAAAGUAGUAAAUACCUGUUAAACUUGAGGUAUCGUUCUGCAUUGCAGGCAUUCUAAAGUUGAAUGAUACUGAAAAAGAGAGGUAUUUUAUAGAGCAGAAGCAAUUAGUAGUAGUAAGAUAAGCCUCUAUGUGUGAAUAAGUGUUGCAAAAUAGUUAUCCAAACU